GUCUGCUACACGGUGUGAAAACAUGGCGAUCAUCGAGGGUCCUCUUAGUAAAUGGACAAAUGUCAUGAAAGGUUGGCAAUACCGAUGGUUUGUUUUAGAUGAACAUUCUGGAUUGCUUUCCUAUUACACGAUUUGAUUCAAACUGUCUUUGGUAUUGGUUUAUAAAUUAUUUUGUCCAAAGAUAAAAUGAUGAGGGGUGAUCGGCGAAGAUGUGUCCGAUUAAAGGGAGCCAUAAUUGGUAUUGAUGAUGAAGACGAUAGUACCUUCACUAUUACUGCCAACCAGAAGACCUUUCAUUUCCAAGCUCGAGAUGCAGAUGAAAGAGAGAAGUGGAUUAAAUCUCUUGAAAAUACAAUAUUGCGGCACACACAUUUUGUUAAGCAUGACAACCGAGCUGUUCCUUCUAUGGCUGAUUUUGAGAGGAAGUUGUCAGAGUCCGAUGUUUAUUUACAGAUCCUUAUUGAGCAAGUGAAGUCCCUUGAAGACAGGAUUGAAUUAUGUGAGGACUUAACUGUCAAGGAAAAGUACAAUGUUAUCAAAGUCACGGCCGAGGCAAUGAUUGAAUCCAUAAAACAUACUAUUGUGAUGCUUCAGAUCACUAAAGAAAGUUUAAAAGGUCCAGUUGUAAAUAGUACAUUGUAUGAUUUAGUGCCCGCUGCACCACGUAUCAAAAUACAUCCUGCCGAAGCGGCAAAUUCCUUGCAGGAGGAUAACACUACCUUGCACAAUAGUGUAGAAACUGCAACAGAGGCACAGUUAUUAGAAAAUGAUGUGUGCAUUAGUCAAUCCAUGCCGAAUAUUAAUAUUGGUUCAAGCUCCAUUGUAUCCAACUCAGAUAGCAGCAACAUUCCUACUGAUAGCCAUGCUCCUGUAAAUAUGAAGAGAACAGAUGCCAGCUCUAAUCAAGUGUCUGUAACACAAGUGCCUGACAUUUCCUAUUCAAGUAGUGAAGAUGAAGACUUCUAUGAUGCUGAAGAAUACCGGUAUGGUUCUCCAAAGACUACCUCAGAAAAAUCUGCAACUUCAGGAGAAGCCAGUCCAAUGCAAACGCCAGCUGAAGAAAGUCCUGUUGAAACGGCUCUUCCACGUGUUAUCACUUCUGAAGACGAUAUAUUUGAUGAACUUUAUGAUGAAGAAGAUAGAGAAGAAUUGGAGUCCUUGGAAAAUCAUGGCAGUGUCAUCACUCAUUUGUUAUCUCAAGUACGUAUUGGAAUGGACUUGACUAAAGUGGUGCUGCCAACAUUCAUUCUAGAGAGGCGUUCUCUUCUUGAGAUGUAUGCUGACUUUUUUGCACAUCCAGAUCUAUUUGUUAAGAUUGCUGACAUUGACAAUCCCAAAGACCGAAUGCUACAAGUUGUAAGAUGGUACAUGUCUGCUUUCCAUGCAGGCCGAAAGAGUGAAAUAGCUAAGAAACCUUAUAAUCCAAUUCUAGGAGAAAUAUUCCGGUGUCACUGGAAAAUUCCUGGUGUCUCCAGCUGUAGUACAGCUGAGAGUCCACUUUUCCCUUGGGCAAGAGAUGAUAAUUUAAUUUUUAUUGCUGAACAAGUCUCACAUCACCCACCAAUCUCUGCCUUCUAUGCAGAACACUACGAUAAAAGAAUCAGCUUGGAUGGAUACAUAUGGACGAAAUCUAAAUUUCUUGGUUUGUCCAUCGGUGUUCAUAUGAUUGGGCAAGCUGUUCUAUCAGUCACAGAUUAUGAAGAAGAGUACAUAUUCACAUUUCCAAAUGGUUAUGGAAGGUCCAUUUUAACAGUUCCUUGGGUUGAGCUUGGUGGUAAAGUCUCUUUGACUUGUCCAAAGAGUGGCUAUAGUGCAAAUAUUGAAUUUCAUACGAAGCCUUUUUAUGGUGGUAAGAAACAUAGGAUCACAGCUGAAAUUCUGGCAGCUAAUGAGAAAAAACCCUUUUGUAGUAUUGAAGGUGAAUGGAAUGGUGUAAUGUAUGCUAAACAUUCAUCAGGAAUGAAUGAUGUAUUUGUUGACACCAAACGAAUGCCAAUAAUAAAGAAACAAGUACAAGAACUUGACAAACAAGAUGAUAUGGAAUCUCGAAAUCUAUGGAGAGAUGUUACUUAUAACUUGAAGAUCAAAAAUAUUAACAGUGCAACUGAAGCGAAGCAUCAUCUGGAACAACGGCAGCGAGAUGAAGCCAAAGAACGGAAAGAAAAGGGAUUAGUUUGGGAAACUAAAUACUUCCAUGAAGUAGGAGAACAUUGGGUCUACGACAAUCCGUUAUUGAAGAGAGUUCCACCCAAGUCAUCAGCUGGCAACACCAAUCCUGCCUUACAGCAACAAAGCACAUGAGCUAGCACUUAGCUCAGUGAUAAUGUGACCUCGACAGUUAAAGUUCUACACCUGACCAGCAGAUGUCUCUACCUGCAGCUGUUCAAUUUUGAAACUAUUCUGCCCCCGCCCCCUCCCACUACAGCUGCUGCUGCUGCUCUCUGUCAACAGCUGUUCCCUGUACAUUUAACAAUCAAACAAACUUUACCCUGGGUUUUUUUUUUUCCUUUUUUGGCAAGGCUUUAGGGCAGGGUUAAAUGAAGACGUGGAAUAGCUUUAAUAUGGCCAGAGAGAGAGGAGAGAGAGAGAGAUUGAUUGAUUGAUUGAUUGAUUGAGGGAGAGAUUGAGACAAAAGGAGAGGGAAAGAGAUAUGCAAUAUAUAAUCUACUUUGGCCUGUUAAGUCUAAAAUCACAGGAACCUUAAAACAGUUUACCUUAAGGGUGUCAACACUAACAUAAUCACUAAAGGAACAAAAUAAAUUUUCAAAAAUAGAUGAAAAUAAAAGAAAAAAUUUCACAAGAAAAAAAAAAUUGAGAUUUACAACACUUUUUUUUUUCUCUCUCUUUUAUCAUGAUUUUCUUUCUCUCUGAAAUCAAACAAUUCUUUCUUGUAAUUCUGCCAUUUCUGUAUUUUAAACUCUUGCCUCUUCCAUAUACUUUUUUUUUUCUUUCUCAUAGAGAACUAGAUCCAUAGUCUCUGGAUUGUGAUAUGAAAAAGUGAUGUUUCCUGCAAAAUCAAAUUUUUAUGGAUUUGAACAUGUACAUUUGUGUGUAUGUCAAUACACAUAUGAAUGUGUGUGUGUGUAUUUGUGUUUAUAUGCGUGUUAGUGGGGGGGGUGUAUCUGUGUUUAUAUGUGUGUUUGUAGGUGUCUGUGCACGUGUGCAAGAGUGCAUGCAUUUGCAGAUUUACCAUAAAAUUGGACAGAUUUUAUCAGAUCAGAAACUUUUUAUUUAUUAUUCUUAUAAGCUUCACUAUAUUCCAGUAUUCUGUAUUCUACCAUAAAUCUGAAAAUAGUAGGAAUUUA